AUGUGCGCCAGUUUAAACGAGGUAAAAAAGAAUGACACCUAUGGGGUCUCACAAAAGGGCUACAAUGACAAUUUCAGUGAAAGUGAGGGCGUCCUUCAUGGUAGUAAGUCGAUGCCCACUAGCAUGAAAAAUAUGCUACAGUCUCCCACGAUGGUCAACAUGUGUGAUAUUUUACAAAACAAGGAAGCUGCUAAUGACGAAAAACCUGUGAUACCUACUACGGAUACCGCCACUGCGGGGACUGGUACUGAAGAUAUUAGCUCCACUCAAUCCGAGGAAACUGAUCAGAAUAGUCAUCUUAUUGCCUCAGAGAUCUUGGAAGGCACUUUCAAAGAUGUAUCUUACAAGGAAUAUGCAAAUUUCUUGGGAAACGAUAACAAUAAUCAAGUCUUGACUGAGUUUGUAAAGUUAUUGAGUCCUUUGCCGUCGUCACUAUUAGAAACGCUUUUCAAUUUAUCGAAAAGUAUAUAUUUCAUUGCAGAAGCGCAAAAUAUCGACCGGAUACUAGAGUGCUUGAGCAUAGAAUGGAUAGCUUGCCACCCGAACACACAUUGGAAGUCAGGCUAUAAGUCAUGUCAUAUAGUCUUAUUUUCCCUGUUGAUCCUUAAUUCGGAUUUGCACAACAACUUUCAAGUUGACCAUAAAAAGAUUAAGUUUUCCAUGGUUGCAUUUAUCAACAAUACACUGAGGGCACUAAGAGAGGAAAAUGAAUACGAAGAAUUGAAAAUAUACUCCCGCGAACAUUUGAUCAUCGAAGAACUUUCCGAAUACUAUAAAACGUUAAAUGAAACGCCUUUACCGUUAUGCACAGAAUCUAGAACAUCAAUAAAUAUAUCAGAUAACCAAUCUUCCUUGAAAAGGUUCUCUACUCUAGGAUCACGGGAAUUUAGUACAUCAAAUUUACGUAGUGUUAACUCUAAUUCUACUACACUAUAUUCAAGAGAUGGUCAAGUAUCUGUACGAGAAAUGAGCGCAAAAUCAAAUAAAAACUUUCACAAUAAUCACCCCAUGGAUGCACUCUACCUUAAAGAGUCUUUUGAUGACGGUUUAAUUACCGAAAACGGCUCCAGUUGGUUCAUGGACGAUUUAAUUCUUAUAAGCAAGAAAUCUUUACCACGUAAAUAUUCUAAAAGAGACAAAGAUCAAGUGGCGGCACCAAAAAUGACCUCUAAGAGAAACAAAUCGUUCUUCGGAUGGCUAAAACCAUCUAAAACGACUACACUUAUUGAGCACACAUCUAGAAGGACUUCUUUAUCGUAUUUGAAUAAGGAUUCUGAAUGGGAGAGGGUGAAAAUACAGGUCAAGGAGGGCAGAAUUUUUAUUUUCAAAAUUAAACCAGAUGUUAAGGAUAUCAUCCAAUCAAGUGAAACAGACAGUGCUACCAUCGACUAUUUCAAAGAUAUCAGUAGCUCUUAUUUUGCUUACUCACUGCUUGAAGCUGAAGCACAUGUCGUGCAAGAUAAUAUAAUUAUAGGUAGUGGAGCAAUGAAAUCAAAUGUGUGUAACAAAAACACCAAGAGGAAAAGUGGCAACUUUACCGUUAGUUUUCCAGAGAAUAUCAACGGACCAAAGCUUGUUCUGGAGUUCCAGACGAGAAGUGUUGAAGAAGCCCACAAGUUUAUGGACUGUAUCAACUUCUGGGCAGGUAGGAUUUCUCCAGUUCCUUUAACACAAUUCGAAGCCGUAUCUAACGCAGAAUAUGGAUGGAGUGACAAGAUCUUGACAGAGCACGCUUCCCUCAAUCUUAAAAAUAUUGUUGUAAGUGAAUGGAAGCCACUAUUGGGGCUAGAGCUACUAUACGAAGAUGCGAAAGAUGUAGAGAUGGUCGAACUAAAAGAAAGGCUAAAGGAAUUGAUGAACUUCACCAGACAGCUUGGUAUAUGGAUAGAUAAACAUAACGAAAUAAAGGAUAAGCUGGUCGAAAUUUGGAGCUUUGACGAUAACUAUUUUGAAGCAGUCAUGAAUAAUUGGAAUUCGAGAUAUUUGUAUAUGAAUAAUCAAUAUAAGAAACGACUGAGCUACUUGAAAGCUUUGCAAAAAGCCAUGGGUUCUGUUCAGUUCUAA